AUGAGUACUUAUGGUUUAAUAUUGUCUCUUUUGUAUGUUUGGAGCAAAGACAGCUUUAGCAUUUGGUGUCUAUUUAGCCUUUUGGUUAUAAAUUAAAACAGUCAAAGGUGUAUUUUCUAUGGUAUGCAUGAGCUUUUUAUCAUCAUUUAUCAAGUGCAACAGAUUUCAUGGAAUCCAACAACUCUAUCAUCAGUGGUGGGUUUCCUUUAAGAAUAAUCAAUGAUCGUGUUUUGAUUGUUCAAAUAUUGAUAAUAAUUUUUCUUGCCAUCAAUCUUUUUUUAGUUUCCACUUUUUUCAGAAAGGAUGUCUUUUAUACAACCAUGCGUUAUGUCCUGUUUGCUGUGACUCUGCUGUCUGAUUGUCUGUUUUUAGUAAUGACAAACGCUCUGCUGACACUGAACUAUUUUGGUAUCACCCUACAGAUGUGGUUGUGCUCUAUUCUGUGCUUUAUUGUGUCUGUUUACACAUUUGUCACACCUGUCACCCUCACAGCAAUGACACUGGAGCGCUAUGUGGCCAUAUGCAUGCCCCUGCGGCACGCAGAGCUCUGCAGCAUUCAAGGGGUUCUACAGCUCAUGCUCAUCAUUCACUGCAUCAGCGCUGUUCCCGUCACUGUUACACUCUCCAUUUUCUCUGCCAUUAUGGCUCCAACCUUGUACACCAAGAAUAGUGUUUGUUCUGUGGAGAUGUUUUUAUUGUCCGACUGGCAGGGUCACAUAAGAUCAGCUAUAGGUCAGCUUUACUUCUUGAUGAUGUUCUCAGUCAUUGUUUUCUGCUAUGUCAAAAUAAUGAGAGUGGCCAAAACUGCUUCGGGAGAGAAUAAAAAGUCAACAUGGAAAGGACUCAGAACUGUUAUUCUACAUGGUUUUCAGCUCCUGCUCUGUCUCAUCCAGCUGUGGUGUCCCUUUAUAGAAGUUGCAGUUCUUCAAAUUAAUUUCAUGCUCUUUAUUAAUGUGAGAUACUUUAAUUAUAUAAUGUUCUUUCUUGCCCCAAGAUGU